AUGUUUCCUGAAGGAAUUAUGAAAUCCAGAGGCAUGGCAUCCCUAAAUCCCUUCGUAGAUCCUGACGGUAUUAUUCGUGUUGGUGGAAGAUUGAAGAAUGCUAACCUGCAUUAUGAUCAACAGCAUCCAAUAAUUCUUGCUCCAAAUCACCAUUUUACAAAAUUGAUUCUGCAUGAAGCUCAUGAAAAAACGCUCCACGGAGGCAUUCAAUUGAUGAUGGGUUAUCUUCGGAAAAAAUAUUGGAUUUUUCAAACUAAACGAAUUGUUAAACAAUACAUUCAUAAAUGCACUAUUUGUUAUCGGUUCAGAACUAAGCCAGCCUAUCAACUCAUGGGAGAAUUACCAUCGCCUAGAUUCAAUGUAUCCAGACCAUUUUCACAUACCGGGGUUGACUAUGCCGGGCCUAUUAGUAUCCGGGCUUGGAAAGGCCGUGGAGCAAAAACUUAUAAAGGCUAUCUAGCCAUUUUCGUUUGUCUGGCGACUAAAGCCAUUCAUCUGGAAGCAGUGAGUGACCUCACUACUCAAGCUUUUCUAGCCGCUUUUCGGCGUUUUACUUCACGUCGAGGUGUCUGUGGACAGAUCUAUAGUGAUUGCAACACAAACUUUAAAGGAGCUGAGUCAGAGUUGUAUCGUCUUUUAAAAGAUGCCACUCAUGACUGGAAAAAUGUUGCUGAAGCUUUAUCGUCACAAGGAACCAAGUGGAAUUUCAUUCCUCCUGCUUCUCCCCACUUUGGAGGGUUAUGGGAAGCCGGUGUGAAGAGUGUCAAACACCACUUCAAAAGAGUUGUUGGAAAUGGGACACUCACUUUCGAGGAGCUCACCACGCUUCUGACUCAAAUCGAAGCGUGUUUAAAUUCGAGGCCUCUUUGUCCUUUAACCGAAAAUCCUGAUGACUUUCAUGCUUUGACUCCAGCACAUUUUUUAAUUGGAGCUGAAAUGUACACGGUGCCAGAACCUGACCUUACGAUCGGUAAGACGAGUUAUAGUGACCGGUGGAAAGCAAUCCAAUUCAGUCUACAAACUUUUUGGCAUCACUGGCAAUCAGAAUAUUUGGCCAGAUUACAACAACGACCUAAAUGGCUCAAAUCGCAACCUCAACUUAAAAUCGGAGACCUGGUUUUGAUAAAAGAUAAGAGAUUUCCCCCUACGAAAUGGAAUCUAGGUAGAAUUCUAGAAACCUUCCCAGGUAAAGAUGACAUCACCAGAGUUAUCAACCUGAAAACACAACAAGGCGAAUUUAAAAGACCGGUAACAAAGCUAUGUCCACUACAAAUUAAUGAGAAUCAACAUAAUUUAUCAAAUCAAAUCUAA